AUGGAAAAAGAGAUCGCAGAUCUCCGCCGCCGCCUGGGACCCAACUCAGAUCAUGAGCAAGGCGUAGAGCCCCAGGAGUCUCAUGGAGGUGAUGAGAUGUCCCGUUGCUCAGAAGAUGUCUUUGCUCGCCGUGACUCGGCCGCGAUUGACCGAUCUCGACCUGUUUCGGUGCCGGUUGAACCCCACUCAUCUAUAGCAACUCCUUUGACUUUGAAAAGGGAUGGUUCUAUCAUAUCCCAGGACGAGGGCCAGUGGAGACUGGAAGAUAUUUGUCUCUCUAGAGCCCGAGUCCUUCGAUUAUAUGAACAAUACUUUACGUAUUACCACCCCUUUCUUCCUCUUUUGAAUCCACCCAAGCCCCCAGAGGUGUAUCUCAACCGAUGCCCUCUCUUGGCGUGGACUAUGAUAUGUGUGGCGUGUCGGCGGUCUCAAUAUGAGCCUGGGCUCUUGAGCGCACUGUCCGGGCCAUUUAGCAGGCUGCUUUGGUCAACGAUCACCAGUGUCCCACAGGACUACCGGGUGGUCAAAGCCCUAUGUGUUUUGUGUACAUGGCCUCUUCCGACUACCAGUCAGCGCACCGAUGCAACCUUUAUGCUUAGUGGUUUGAUGAUGCAGAUUGCCAUGCAGCUUGGGCUACACCGUCCGGUUCAAGCGGAAGAGUUCACAACAUUCCGCAUGGAAGUUCAAGGGGAAGCUCUAAAGGAUCGACUACAUACGUGGGUCAUCUGUAACAUCGUGGCUCAAAAUGUUGCGACUGGUUACGGUCAACCGCCGAGCACGAUAUACGACUGGGCCCUUGAGCCUGCCUCUUUGAGGGAUGCCGACUACCGGCUUCCCGAUGACCUGGCCAUUCGGUUGCGUAUCGAAAAAUUCUGCGACCGGGUGACCAAGGCAUUAUACAGCAGUAAACCCGAGCCGGUGGAGUUUAUCAGUGCCGAGAAGCUUGUGGUUGUGCAGGUUUUGGAAAGUGAACUCAGAGACAUGGAUGUCGAGUUUGACGGGAAAAUCUCCGCAAUCAACACCAUCCACCUCCGAGCCGCAGAAUUGCACUUCCGGUACUUCAUGUUUUUAGGCUCCCCUGUACGAAAUGACGAUCUGAUUAAGCUUUUCCUUGCAACAACAUCCUUUCUUGGUCGAGUACUAGAUCUCGAAACAUCGCCAGGUGAACUAAUAGGACACUCCACGAAUUACAUUCUUCAAAUGAUUGUGUCGGCCGCUUUUGCUCUCAUGAAGUUGUUGAAGAGCAGCUUCAGUCGUCACCUCGAUUUCAAUCACGGUAAGCUACUGUUCAACGGUGCGAUCUCAGCAAUUCGUCGAAUCAGUGUCAUGGAUCACGACCGUCCCAUUCGUCUUGCAGACAUUCUUGCUCAGAUGUGGAAUGCCACGAGCCUAGAGCCUGCCGAGGAAGAUGCUCUACAACUCAAAGUUCGCUGCCGGAUGAGCAUGAGUCAUGUAUACGACACGGUUUGGCGUUGGCGACAACGGUUCCGACCGGUCAAAAGCCUCGAAGAAAUGCAAGCGGCUGCCAUAGCGGCGAACCAAGAUAUACUAGGUCCGGCAGGACACAUGACGCGGCAGCAGGAUAGCUCCCUGGAGGAUCAAUCUCUGAUUAUGCCAGCUCAGUUUGAUGAAGGCGGAGCAUUUUUCAGCGAAUCUGGCUUCUCAGAAGUCUUUGAUUCACUCAAUUGGGUCUUUGAUGGCAUUCCUGACACUUUCGUCGCACCUCCGGUUUUAUGA